UAGCCUACAUUCCACAGACCCUACAGAGUAUUCCCUACAAUAUUUUUUUUACUGUGGCACCUAGAAUAGUUUGUUUUACACGCCAAUAAUAUUCCAUAUACAGUGAUUUGCAUUGGGGGUAUUUGGCCUUGGAACAUGUUUUAAAACACGUGUUGCAAAUGUCACUUAAAUAUUUAUAUUGUUCAUGUGAAGGCAAUUAUUCGUUUAUUGACAUGUUCUACUAUUACGCGAGGGACUUUUAUUUUGAACAUUUCAGAUCGUCAUGUCUUCCCUCUGGGUGGGUGUUGUAGAAUUUGGAUUUACCUGUAGCCGCAGGUAAUAACCUAUACAGGCAGACGAAGGAACAGAACACUGGAAUUUACCAAAAGAAGCUUAGGGUUGGUAGAGAGUUAUAUGUCUUGGAAUCGGCUGACUUUGUUGUGAAGAAAACACAGGUGGAGAGUUGAGAGACCGAUACACACAAACUCGACUCAAAGCAAGAACGUUUUCCUUACGGACUUCCGUAAUUUUAUCGGCGUCAAGAGUUGCCAAAAGUAACCCAAGCGAUUUAUGCGGUCCCGGGUGCUUUGAGCCAUGCCUGGCCACAGCACAGGGGCUCCUCAGAAGUCCCGCCACGACAAACAACACAGGGGACACAGCACCAGGGCUGACGGCUACAAGCAGGGCCGCACCAUCUCUAGAGACAGUACUGCCAGCCAAGAGCCCUACAAGGACCCCCAUGUCGACCACAAUACACGGGAACAGUAUAAUGGUGACCACACUCGUCACUCUGAGGGCCAGCAAGGCCGCAGGGGAACCCCCCCAACACGACGCGUCAGCGGGCGGGGGUCAGAGACACUGGGGUUCAUCCCUGGCUCAGCGGACUCAUCCCAGAGCACAAAUGCAUGUGGCUCCUGUGCCUCUAUGGGCUGGAGUGGCUGCAAGGCUCUCCUCUGCUGUGUCCUCACCUGUGGCUUCUGUGGCAGCCGGGAUCUCUGUCUGCCUGUCAACAACGAGAGCUCCACAGACCACCCCGGCAAGGCUGACCCUGAGCAGCCCCACCCCCCCAACGGCGUGGCCGUGUCCAAGCCCACUUGCGGCAUCCCUCUGGAGCCCAGCAUCAAGCCUGCCAAGCAGUCCUCCAAGCUGCCUCCCAGUGACAGCUUCCGUUACAAGGACGUCCGCAUCGGGGGCCAGACGGUGGUCUAUCCCACGUCGUCGGGCCCCAAGCGGACGCGUCCUGGCGGCAAAGGCGACAGCCAGCGUCCCGUCAGCAACACCAGCACCAUCUACUCCCGGGAGGACCUGGAUCUGGACGACCUGAGCGACAGCGGCACGGACAUUGACUCGCUCAUCACCAAGAAACUUCUAGAGCUCUACGCGCUGCACCAGAUCGACCAACUUGCCAAGUGCACGUCGGACUCGUCAUUCUCAAGGAAGACCAAUGAGAUCAGCGAGCUGAUCUGCAGCAUUGCUCAGGACUACAACCUGGAGCAGCAGGAGGCAGAGUGCAGGCUGGUGCACGGCGUCAUCCGCAUCAGCACGCGCAAAGGCAAGAAGAACAAAAACUCCAACUCCCAGGCCCAGGAGCCAGUGCACCAGCAGCCGCGUGCAAACGGGAGGAACGACCGAGGGACCCUCCUUCCUGACAGUGGCAAUGAAACAAUGACGUACACCUUUAACAGCAGUGAGAUGGAGCCUGAGGUGAAAGUGUCGGAGCUGACACGGUCGGACGAACUAGCAAGGAAGAUGAGGCACUACAGUGGAAUAAAUGACUCCUCCAGCUCAGCUGCAGCCUACUCUCACUACCAGCAUGACACAGAGACUGACUCGUCAGGGGCCCCAUUGCUGCACGUCCUCUGAACGUCAUGACAAGGUCAACACAACGUCCAGGGCACAACAUUCUCACGGGCCUCAACCGAAGUGGGGCCGGCUGUUGUGUGAUGGUGGGAAAUGUUUGUUGAUCAGCCUAUUGUUUCUCCAACACUGUCAUGCUUCCCUGGAACUGUAGUAGAAGGCCAUCUAUAGAGACUGAGAGGAUGUUAAGUGUGGGACUAUUGAAGCCAUCUCUUCACUCUGGUGUGGAAUCAGCAUGUCCUUCCAAACCAUGGAACCGUGAGUGAGGCUUGCUUGCAAUGGGGAAGGGAGAGAUGGUGGCACCACUCUACGGGUGCACAAUUGGCACAUAUCUGAACAUCUGAAAAACAAGGGGAUUUAAAAAUAUAAAAAAAUUAACGGGAAAACUAUGGACUUUUUUGUAUUUGCAUGCUAUGUUGUAAGUUGUUUUUAUACCAGUUAUGUUGUUGCCUUGCCACUCCAAGCAGAGACACUAAAAUCACUCCAUGCCAUUUUAACUCCGUUCUCAGUAAAGUGACUGAUCCUAAUGCAUAACCGUCCCUGUUUAAGUGUGCAUGUGACAGUGCGUUAGGGCAAAUUGACACCCUACCAUUUGGACCCAGUAGCAGGUUUCGCUUCAUACUUUACUUUCAGUGUCAAAGGAGUUACUUUGUACAAAACUUCUUUUUUUUUCUAAGUUAAUGUUGCUUCGUGGUUUGUGUAAACAUCUCCUUUGAAAAUGUAAAUGGGGCAUUUGGUCACUUUUUAAACAAAAAAAACAAAAAAAAGUCAAUCUAUAGGUACAUUUUUAUAAAAAUAAUAAAAGGAAUGAAUCCGCUUGCCUGUUUAUGCCAACUUGCUACUGUUUAAUUCAACUGUUUAUCUAAUAUAUGAUAACUAUAUUAACUUAAAUCUAAUACAGUAUCCUUAUUGUUUUGGUAUGUACAUUGGAUUGCAUCCUAACUUGAGAUCGAGCUCCAUUGACACCUGUGUUUAACUCAAGUCAAGUAUUGGAUUCGGAUUCGGACCAUUGAGUCUUGAAAAUUGCUCUGUGCUGCUUAUGUACAUAUGUCUAUUAUUGAGGAAGACUUGGAAUUUUGUGUUUUUGCUGUUGGGCUAGUCUCUCUGUCAUUUGAUCAGAUUUAUGUUAAUGGUCAGCUAUGCAGCAGAAGGGGCAAAAAGAGCUACUGUAGGCUUUAUGUUUGGAAGAGGCCUGUACUGGUUGUUUAUUGUCAAGCUUGCAAUCAUUCCUUCCCAUGUAAUGUGUUAACUUAUAUUAUUUCAGCACUAACUACUCCUGCACACUUGUUUUGUCUGCUCACCCUGUCACAGCAACAUGCCUGUGCAACGUUGUUGGGCUACCUUAUCAGUACCUCUGUAUUUCUCCCCGUCUCUCAAAUUACUGUUGUCAUCCUUCUCACACACCCCCCCCCCCGGUCAGUGUGUUGUCAGCCUAUUUCCGCCCUCAGAGAAAAAGGAGGAACUCGUUUGACUGGUUUUGACAAAAGGAUAUAAAAUCCUGCCAUCUGUCCUGAGUAGUUCAUCGCAGAGGGGAGCAUUAUCAAGAAAAUGAACCUGCUUUUGAGAAUGAAUCAGUCGCAAAGCUCUGUGGGGGUUUGUUCCUGUUUUCCCUGGCUCUGCCCCCUCUGCAUUCCAGUUCUACCUGUGUGAGGUGUCAUGAAAUUAUAGUUAUUUCACAACUAACACCUCAUGCCAGGUCACAUGACCGUAUACAUACCUUCUCUAAACCGAUUGGCACAGAGAAUGUAUCUUUUCUUGGAUGUUGACACAUUUCAAUAAGCAUACAAAACUCCCAAGUUGUCCGUGGAUAACGGAUUUGUGUCAUUGAGUUUAUCAUCUUGACUCAUGUCUGCCUGAUUAUGUUUGGAAGAAUUGAAUUGUGUUAGAAACAUUAACCUAAUGAAGGUUACAUCCGAAUCCUGCUUGUCCUGGUGUCAGUUUAAAUGACCACCACAGGAGGGAGCAGCAUACCACAAUAACUGAAAAUUGUUGCCCUGCUCCAGCUUAAAGGGGUACUGCACCUGCUGAUUUCGGCCUUGUUUUUUGGCUUGCUCCUCAAGAAAUGGUGGCGGACGUGACUGAAGCCAAACGCGAGUUGGUUAUGAUGUGUGGUUGGCUAUGGGUGUUUCUUGGUUGUGUGGUUAGAUAUGGGUGUUUCUUGAGUGUGUGGUUGGAUAUGGGUGUUUCUCGGGUGUGUGGUUGGAUAUGGGUGUUUCUCGGGUGUGUGGUUGGUUAUGGGUGUUUCUCGGGUCUGCCCUUGCUACACCAAGACACACCUAUCUGUCAGAACCUUGCCCACAGCUGUUUCUCCUCACGCAAUCACCAACAAAACCUCCAGCAGGUUGAGUUUAAUAAAUACAGGCAGAUGUAUGGUGAGACACCGGAGGAAGCUUUGGAUAGGUCAGUAGCAUACAGAGUAAUAUGAGAAGAAUGCAAUUGCUGAAUAUAUGUCGACAUAUUCUAAACUAAGUGUUUUGAUAACUUUCAUAUGUAUUAACAGGUUCAUGUUGAAUAAACGACAUAAUUCCACAGAA